AUGCCGAGUGGUUGCGCACGUCGGUUCCUCGCCACGAAGCAGAAGGAGGCCACGAAGCCCAACAACAAAGCAGGAUUCAAGAAGCCAGGCAACAAGCAGCACCACAACACUUCGAGCGGCUCUCGCACUGGCGCUAAGGCUGGAAAAGGCAAGCGACCGGGCAGUGAGCCAGCACCCGCUGCAUCGGGCGCUCCAGACCCGCAGCUGGAGAAGGAGAUCAAGGCCAUCCGCGCCGAGACCAACCAAUCGGAGAGGCGAACGAAGCUCUACUGGCUCGUGGACAAGCUCGACAAAAGAGGGAGAGCCCACUCAUACAACAUCAAAUCGAUCGACAUGCGUUUCUUCACGUGGCUCAUCGGCACACUGGGAGAUCAAGGCAUGCUCAAGCAGGCACUACUCGUACUCGAUAAGAUCAAGGCCGCCAAAGUGAAACCGGACGCCAUAAUCUACAACUCGCUCAUCAAUUCCUGCGCCAAAAUGAAUAGGAUGAAGCAAGCGCUUCACAUUUACGAAGACAUGCGAGCCCAGGGCAUUCCAACCGAUCAACGCACGCUCUCCGCCGUAAUGAACGUUUUCUCGAGGAUGGGCGACAUCGAUCGCGUAAAGACGCUCAAGGCGGAGAUGGAGGCGAGCGGUCAGAAGCUUGACUCGUUCAACUACGGCUGCGUGAUGAAGGCCUAUGGACAGAACGGGCGAGUCGAAGACCUGCUGGCGCUCUGGGACGAGAUUAAGGACAAGGAGAAGGCCGGACAGCUCGAUGUGGACUCCUACCUGUACACCAUCACCAUCGGGAGCCUAGGCCGUAACGGCCAGAUCAAGGAUAUGCUCAACCUGUGGCACGAGAUGAAGGCUCGCUCACGCUCAGUGGAAGGGCGGAGGCUGCGACCCGAUGUUGUCUCGUAUACGACGCUGAUCGACAGCCUGGGCCACAACGGCGAUAUCGAGCGAAUGAUUAGCACCCUUGCAGAGAUGAAGCAUGAGGCGGCCCUGGAGGAACAACGGCUCAAGGAGGAGAAGGAGCAACGCGCGCUCAACAUGGAGAUCGAGCCCUUGAAGGAGAAGAUGCCCAAGUUCGAGCUUUGGCCCAAUGAACAGACCUACACCUGCAUCUUCAACCACUUGGGGAAGGCGGGUGAGGUGAGGAGGAUCGCCAAGAUCUACGACGAGCUCAGACGGGGCGCCUCCUUCCAGUUCAACGUGCAGGUCUACACCGCGCUCAUCAACGGGUUUGGCAGGGCUGGCGACCUCGCGCGGAUGCAGAAGGUCUAUGAUAGGAUGAGGCAGGAGGAGAUCCGACCUACCGCGCAAACCUACACAGCGCUCAUCGAGGCCUUCACAAAGCAUGGCUCGCCGUAUGGCGUGGUGGACAUGUGGAAGCAGGUCAAGCACCAGACCUUCCUGCCGGACUCGCGCCUCUUUCACGCGCUCGUGAAGGGCCUCCCCGCGGACCGGCUGCACGACCUGCUGGACGUGUUCUGGUUCAUGAAAACGCAGCAACACCGGGUGACGCCCUUCAUCUACGCGCGGAUCAUCGACUCCAUCAAAGGCGCCAAACGUGACGACGAGAUGGAAAGGGUGGUGGCGGAGCUGGAGAAGGAGGGCGUGGUGGAGUCGGUGGACCGCGCCACCUGCCAGGCCAUCGCCGACCUGUGGGAACGAAGAGGCAACAACGCGGCCAAACGAGCCCUGUGGAUCGAGAGGGCCAAGCACGCCCGCGAGUUCGUCCCCAGCAGCGGCGGCAGCGACCACGCGGUGGGGGACCACGCUGGCGAACAACACUGA